AUGGCAGCCGCAACUUUCCUAUUCCUAGCAAUUGAAUUCCUUCGUGUCACAACAAUUCCUCCCCUUGGCCCACAAGUCCACCGAGCGCUACUCCGCUACCUUGACCCAAGAGAUACAUGCGGUCCAAUCAUCGUUUCCCAUACAUACCUCCUCAUCGGCAUCUCUAUCCCCAUGUACCUCUGCAAUAGCCCAGCAGGUAUAAUCUGCCUUGGCCUCGGCGACGCCGCUGCCUCUGUUUUUGGCCGUAUCUACGGUAAGCACCGGUGGUCUCUCCCCCGCGGAAACAAAAAAUCGGUCGAAGGUACCCUCUGUUUUGUAGUCGCUGCUGUCACUGGCCUUUGCCUUUACAAGUACGCAGUUCUCAAAACUCUUUACCCAUCCGUAUACUAUGGCCCAGCUUAUGUUCUUGACUCAUAUAACCCGUUUGUCAAGGCAGGCAGUUUGACCUUCUCCAAAAUGGUGCUUGUUUCAACUCUCACUGCUCUGCUUGAGGCUUUCAGUUCUCUCAAUGAUAACGUCAUUGUACCUCUCUACAUGACUGCUCUUGUCCAGUUGUGUUAA